AUGGAGAGUACAGCUAAUUUGACGGGUAAUAAUGAUGUUGCUAUUCGCUUACUUAUUGAUCGCAUCCGCAAGGAAUUCGCCAUAAAGGACCUUGGCAAGCUUGGUUAUUUUCUUGGUCUGGAAGUCACAUAUCCAUCAUCGGGUCUCUUCCUCAGCCAGUCCAAGUAUGCUCGUGACAUUCUAAUCCGAGCAGAAUUGCUCGACUCCAAGCCUGUUGCUACUUGUUUGGCGUUUGGCGCUUCUUUCACUGCUGCUGACAUCGCCUACACUGUUAGUACUGUUAGUCAGUUCCAACAAAACCCCAAGGUGGAUCAUUUUCAAGCAGUCAAGCGCAUUCUUCGAUAUAUUAAAGGAACCAUAUCCCAUGGUCUUUUGUUCUCACCCGGUGAUGAUACUUUGCUUGGCUAUUCUGAUGUGGAUUGGGCUAGGUGUAUUGACACACGACGGUCCACUUAUGGAUAUUCUAUUUUUAUUGGUUCAAAUCUUGUUUCUUGGAGUGCGAAGAAACAACCUACUGUUUCUCGCUCCAGCUGUGAAUCAGAAUAUCGAGCAAUGGCAAGCGCUGCUUCGAAGAUGGUUUGGGUUUCGAAUCUUCUUCGUGAUCUCCAUUCUCUUCCCAAAUUUCCGCCUAUGCUUCUAAGUGAUAACAAGAGCGCACUAUUUUUGUAUCAAAAUUUUGUUUCUCACAAGCGUGCCAAACACAUAGACAUUGACUGUCAUUUCAUACGGGAGUUGAUCGAAAGUGGCAAGCUUAAAACUCAGUUCGUGCCUUUUUAUCUUCAACUCGCCGAUGUCUUCACAAAGAGCUUGGCUCGUGCGCAACUAGAGUACUUCAGGUCCAAGCUUCGCGUGCUCACAAAUCCCACGCUUUGCUUGCGGGGGGGGUGA